GGUAUCAGUCAGUAUCAGUAUUUGUCGGUUACCGCUUGCUUCGGUGUACUUCUACGAAGAAUUGUUAUAAUAAACUAAACGGUGUUCAUUGAUAAUCGUCUAACAUUCACAAAAAUGAGCAGAGGAGCGUUAAUAGUACUGGAAGGAUGCGACCGGGCUGGAAAGUCAACUCAAGUUAAGAUGCUCGUGAAAGCGUUAAAUUCUCAGGGCAUAUCUUCGGAAGCUCGAGUUUUCCCAGACAGGACCACUCCUGUGGGAGAGUUGAUCGACAAAUUUCUAAAGUACAAUAAAGACCUUCCACCGGAGACAAUACAUCUGCUCUUCUCGGCUAAUCGUUGGGAAUGCAGUAAAGAGAUGAUAAACACUUUGAAAAAUGGGACCACCCUUGUCGUUGACCGGUAUGCAGCAUCAGGUGCAGCAUACACCGCAGCUAAUACAGGUAGAGAAUUGGCUUGGUGCAAAGCGCCCGAUAAAGGCCUUCCACGACCCGACAUGAUAGCGUUUCUGGAGGUUGCUGAGAAAGAACAAAGUCAAAGGGGUGACUGGGGAGCAGAAAGAUUUGAACACCGAGAGUUCCAACGAAAAGUAGCGGCGAAUUUUAAUAAAUUACACGAUGACACAUGGAGAUACAUAGACGCGAACGAAGACGCGGAGAAGAUUCAUUCCAAAUUACUGCUCGAAACUCUUGAAGUUAUAGCGAAGGUUAAACAUUGCCCUAUCGAGCAGCUAUACGAGCCGUAAUGGUCUGCCGAUUAUUCAGAUCUGAAAAGAUAUAUGUUAGUUUCUAAGCGAACACGUUGAUCCGCACAGAUUUUCACGGAUAGAUAAAUAAUCGGCUAAACAUUUCUUUUAUAUCGUUGACUUGUGCUUCAGUAUUAUGAGGGUGUUUUUUAUAAACCAUGGUAGUUUGCAGACAAUAUUUUCCCACCUAUUUCCAUUCUUACAGUUUGACAGUUAGAUUAUUAAUUGACGAAGUUGCCUCGGGUAGUAUUUGCACUUUUUAUGUCGUCUUUAACGUGUGGGGCAAAUUGUUUAGGUCUUAAGGAUACGAUUAUUAAAACAGAAAAACAACGUUAAAACCGUACUCAGAGUUAUAGAACAUAAGAAACGGUUAAUUUUAUUUAAAUGUACUUAUUUUAACGUGCGGUACUUCAAUAUUCUUUAUAAUAACUUGUACUAUGGAAGGGUGAAAGAGAACAUUUUAAUUACAUCAGUCUGACAAAGUA